AUCCAGCGAGCGAGCGAGGGAGCGGCACAGCAUCGCAUUACAUCGGAUCGCACUGCUUGUGCAGAGGGAGGGCAAGAGCAGCAGGCGGUGGGAUCGAGUCAGGAGCUAUGGCGGGUGGAGGGCAUGGGGCUCACAACAUCACACACGGGGGGCUCUCCCUGCACGCCACCAAAGGAUGGCAUUCGCGCGUGGGCCAAGGCAUGUGCGCCGUCAUGUGGUUCUGGGUUUUGUACAGAGCGAAGCAAGACGGCGCAGUGUUGAUGGGAUGGCGUCACCCCUGGGAGGGUCAUGGGCAUGGAGGGCAUGAUGGACACGAAGAGGCUAAGCACCACUGAAACAAUUUGGAGUUGGCUUAAGGAACAUUUAAAUUUCUUUCACAUUCAAUUUCCUAUGAUUCUGUUACAGUAUAUAAGACAUUGUGAGGGUACUGAGGCGUGAUCUAUCUUUCCAGCCUUGGCUCUUCUCAUCAAAAGUGGUCCACGUUCUCAGGGCAUGUGAGAAAGAGAAGGUUUUUAUGCCCUGUGUAUUCGUUGGUUUAUAGACGUAGAUGCUACGUGUUUUGGAAGCUACCCAUCAAAUCAUGAUUUGCUUUGCCUGAUCC